AUGUGCGUGAUUCGUUUCGCCUUUGUAGGCGUACUAAAAGUUCGUAUCCAAGUCCAACGUCAAAUGGCCCGUGAGUACGAGCAGCUGAAAGGGACUGUGGCCACUGUCCAGAUGUUCCAGCAUGAGGGAGAUAAACCCAUUACACCGCUCGGUGGAAAUCUAGAAGACUUACCGACCCGAGAUAUGAUCUGGGCACCCGCACCGCAUGAAGUAGAUCCUGACAUCUGGCCACCACCGCCUGAUAGAGAUCCCAGCUCUUGGCCCUCACCUACCAGCGUUGAACAUAAGGGUCCCCCGCCAUUGAAAUCAGCCCGCAACAACCCGCGAAAUAAUCGAACAGCUGACGCCAAGAAGCCUGCACCUAAGACAGCAACCACCUCGCAAAGAAAGACUUCAGAUGUACGAAACCCCAAAAUUAAUACAAAGGCACAUAGCGCAAAAACAAAAGACACAAACAAAGAUCACAAUAAAGACAAGCAGGACAGAGACAACAAUAAUGGAGACAGAGACACAGAUGAGGAGAAACACAAAGAGGACGAGAGACGGUUUGAGCCCAACUCCUCAGCUGAUAACGACCUAGUCGAUAUGUUAGAAAGAGAUAUAGUACAAAAGAACCCAAACAUACGGUGGGACGACAUCGCAGAUCUUUCUGAAGCCAAGCGGCUGCUGGAAGAAGCCGUUGUCUUGCCUCUAUGGAUGCCGGACUUUUUCAAGGGAAUCCGUCGGCCGUGGAAAGGCGUUUUAAUGGUUGGACCCCCAGGCACAGGCAAGACGAUGCUUGCCAAAGCAGUCGCUACAGAAUGUGGAACUACCUUCUUCAACGUUUCAUCGUCUACCCUCACUUCUAAGUACCGAGGGGAGUCUGAGAAACUUGUUAGACUGCUGUUUGAAAUGGCCCGAUUCUACGCCCCAUCAACGAUAUUUGUAGAUGAGAUAGACUCGUUGUGUUCCCGGCGAGGUUCGGACAGCGAGCACGAGGCCUCGAGACGAGUCAAGUCGGAGCUGCUCGUCCAAAUGGAUGGACUUACAGACGAACCUGGAAAGGUUGUAAUGGUAUUAGCAGCAACAAAUUUUCCCUGGGAUAUAGAUGAGGCACUCCGGCGUCGGCUUGAAAAGAGAAUAUACAUCCCUCUGCCAACGCAGGAAGGUCGGGAAGCAUUACUCCAAAUAAACCUUCGCGAGGUUAAACUAGAUCCAGAAUUGGAUUUGCUAUCGGUCGCCAAAAAGCUGGAUGGAUAUUCCGGAGCAGACAUUACUAAUGUUUGCAGGGACGCGUCAAUGAUGUCCAUGAGACGAAGAAUCACUGGUUUGAAACCGGAGCAGAUAAAACAACUUGCCAAGGAGGAAUUGGACUUGCCGGUCACCAAACAAGAUUUCCUCGAGGCUAUAUCGAAAUGCAACAAGUCCGUAUCGAAAGGUGACAUUCAGAAAUAUCUCACCUGGAUGGCGGAGUUUGGCUCCUCCUGA